CAAAUGAAAAGAACAGCUAUUGAAGCAUUUAAUGAAACAAUAAAAAUAUUUGAAGAGCAGUGCCAAACACAAGAAAGAUACAGUAAGGAAUACAUUGAAAAAUUUAAACGGGAAGGAAAUGAAAAAGAAAUACAAAGAAUUAUGCACAACUAUGAAAAACUGAAGUCUCGAAUAAGUGAAAUUGUGGACAGCAGGCGUAGAUUAGAAGAGGAUUUAAAGAAGCAAGCAGCUGAAUAUAGAGAGAUAGACAAGCGUAUGAACAGCAUUAAGCCAGACCUCAUACAGCUGAGGAAGACAAGAGAUCAGUACUUGAUGUGGCUGACUCAAAAAGGUGUUCGGCAAAAGAAGCUAAAUGAAUGGCUUGGAAAUGAAAAUACAGAAGA